ACAAUCUGUGUACUGUAUGGCGCGUGUUGACGUGUAUACAGGUACAUCGUAUAUACAGGUGGGAAGUAAGUGUUGUCAGGUAGACAUUGUUUAUAUAGAUGUAAGAUGCUUCACCUGUGAUAGUAAAUGUCAAUGUCUUAUAUAAAACAACUAAUGGUCGACUAAAGCAGAAUUCUGCCUAUGAAUGUUGAUUGGGGACGCUAUAGAUCGUUAUUUCGGAUUAUGUGAUAUUUUGUGACGUGUUGGACAGCGAGGAAAUCUGUGACCAGUAUCCAAUAGAGGCUCUGUGUUGGUGAGAUAUUUCGGCUAAUAUCUAUUAAAGUCAGGUCGUGUUGAUCACUGAUUCUUCACGAGGAACAACAUCGAGGUAAAAUGGAUAUAAGCGAUAUUAAUCUGCCUGGUCUCAUCUCUGUCAUCGUCUUCUAUGUCGUCAUCCUAUUGGUUGGAAUCUUGGCGGCAAAAUGUGUAAAAUAUAAAGAUACCGAUACAAGUAAAAGUGAACAGUCUGUGCUGGCUGGUAGAAGUCUACAUGGUGUAAUUGGAACGUUAACUAUGAUUGCAACUGCUGUGGGAGGUGGUUUUAUCAAUGGAACAUCAGAAUCUAUUAUAAACUUUGGUGGUUUAGCCUGGACUAUUUCACCAUUUGCCAUCUGUGUUGGAUUAACACUUGGUGGUUUAAUAUAUGCUGGUCGUAUGAGAGAUAGACAAUAUGUAACCAUGUUACAACCAAUGGUGGAGAAUUUUGGUCGUUUACCUGCUUUCUUGGUGUAUCUAGCUUCUCUAGCAGGGGAUCUCUUCUGGACAGCUUCAAUACUCAAUGCAUUAGGGUCAACGAUCAGUGUUAUUAUUGGUUUAAACAGGUUAAUAUCUAUCUUGGUAUCAGCUGGUGUAACUGUAUUAUAUACAAUGAUUGGUCAGAUGAUAUCCGUAGCUUAUACAGAUGUUGUACAACUCUUCUUCAUUGCUGUUGGUCUGGUUAUCGCCAUUCCGUUUUUGUAUUUAAACGAUUCUGUUGGAAAUGUAUCAGAAACAUCUGAUGUAUGGAUAGGAUCUAUAGAUAAAACACGGGCUGUAGCUUGGGUAGAUCUGGCUAUUGCUAUGAUAUUAGGAACCAUACCAUGGCAGUCAUAUUUCCAGAGAGUUUUAUCAGUAAGAAGUGUUAAAGAGGCUAAGAUAUUAUCUAUUAUAGCAGGAUUUGGAUCUUUAUUGUUUGCUGUUCCACCAUUUUUAAUUGGUGUUUUCAGUACAGCAACAGAUUGGAGUAAUGUUUCUAUAACAUCGGGAUUAAAUCCAGUAGCGGCUAAUGUAUCUUCUAUGGUAUUACCUUUAAUGAUACACGAAUUUACACCGUUACCUGUAGCUAUUAUAGUUUUGGGUGCUAUUUGUGGGGCUGUGAUGUCAUCAGUGGAUAGUUCAAUUCUAGGAUCUAGUUCUAUGUUUACUCAUCAUAUAUAUAAACCUAUAUUUAGAAGAAAGGCAGGCGAUACCGAACUAAUGUGGAUACAGCGAGUUGCUAUAUUUUUCAUAGGGGCGGCAGCAACAGCAAUGUCUAUAUAUGUUGAUACUAUAUGGGGGCUUUUUGUCCUGGCAGCGGAUAUAGUGUUCGUGAUAGUUUUACCACAACUUACGUGUUCCUUAUUCUUAUCAAAGACAAAUGGUUAUGGUGCCAUAUUGGCAUUUUUUGCUGGAACUGUUUUGAGACUCGGUGCAGGAGAACAAUCAUUGAACUUUCAACCUUUUAUUUUUUAUCCAUAUUAUGACUAUGAAACUAAUGAACAAUUAUUUCCAUAUCGUGUUUUUGCCUUUGUGAUAUCUACUUUUGUUUUGAUAGUGUUUUCUUAUAUUAUGAGAUCUGUUUUUAAGUGUGGAUGUUUACCGAAUAGUUGGGAUAAAUUUAAUGUUUUAGAGCAUGGAAGCGUCAAGUAUGAUCUUAGUAAAGACAACCCUCUAUUUACCAUGGAAACGUUUACUGAUUCUAGUUACCGAGUACGGUGAUUACACACGCUCACUUCAAGUUUGUUUUUUUUUUGAAGAAUGUUUUGAGUUUUUACUGAGAACCAUGUUGUUAUUAAUGUUUUAUUCUAUUUUUGAUACAGUUUGUAAAAUUAUGUAAUAAAUUCAAGAUUUGUUCCUAAUAAA